GACACCUAAGUCCGAAUCUGUCUUCUUCAUCAAGAAAGCACCCAGCAUAAAACUCAGUUUCUGUCUCGGAGUUGGAAAAUCAACAUAGAAACCAAGGAUCUGUAUUGAAUUCUCUCGCAUUCAUCUCAAUAUUUGAUCGAGUUGGCCGGGAUUGUUUCGUUGCGGGUAUUUUCGCAUUGUUUAUAUUAUGGCAUCCGUGGCAGUAGCAGGGGCUGCAGUUGGAGCUAGUGCUCUAGGUGCUAGAUACUUGCUAAGGGCAUGGCAAGCAUUCAACUCCAACCCGCGGGCCCGUAAAUUUUACUAUGGGGGGUUUCAACAAGCCAUGAAUAGGCGAGAGGCCGCAUUGAUUCUUGGAGUUAGGGAGCACGUCACCUUAGAGAAAAUCAAAGAGGCUCACAGAAGAGUGAUGGUAGCAAACCACCCUGAUGCUGGGGGCAGCCAUUACCUUGCUUCAAAGAUCAAUGAAGCUAAAGACAUCUUGUUGAAGAAAUCAAAGGCGUCUGAUUCUGCAUUCUGAUGGAAUCUGCAAUAACAUGGAGAAAUGCUCUGUGACACCAUUUUUUCUGGUGCUGAAUGAUAAUUGGCAUUGAUUUUGUGUUGGUUUCUACUACUUCGGCAGCUAUCAGUUUGUGAUUUGGAGAUUUUGCGGAGUAGUAGAUGUUAAUGGGAAAUUUUAUUUUUUUUGUUUGUAUUGAUAGAAUGUGUAGGAGUUAUUUGUACAGCUUAGAAAGUUGUAUUUUCUCUUUGCUGUUUGCUCUAUAUUUCUGUGAUCACUCAUUGAAAAGUGAUCAUCAUGUUGAAA